AUGAUCUUAUUUGUACAUUUCUGUUUUCCAUACAAAUCAAACCAACUUUGCAACUCUGAUCUGAUUCACAAAAUAGUCUUGUGUUAUUCAUGUACAAUAAGGAGGUCAGUCUUCACAGCUUGUUUACUCAUACUGCAGGUUGAACAGAAUCCAGUUUUGGGAUUUGUUGCCAUAGCCAUUGCAGUAUUGUGUUCUGGAUUUGCAGGUGUUUACUUUGAGAAGGUAUUGAAAAGUUCUGAAACCUCUCUGUGGGUGAGGAACAUACAGAUGUAUAUCUCCGGCAUUGCAGUCACUGCAUUUGGAGUUUAUGUCACUGAUGGUGCCCAAGUGAUGGAGAAAGGCUUUUUCUUUGGAUACACCCACUGGGUCUGGUUUGUUGUAUUGUUAGCAAGCCUUGGAGGUCUGUAUACCUCAGUUGUUGUGAAGUACACAGAUAACAUCAUGAAGGGAUUCUCAGCUGCUGCAGCAAUAGUCAUUUCCACAGUUGCUUCUAUGUUGUUGUUUGGGUUGCAGAUAACUCCCACCUUUGUAUCUGGAGCCAUUCUUGUAUGUAUUUCAAUAUACUAUUAUGGUUUACCAAAGCAAAAUACAAUGACAAUUCAACAGACUGUGACAGAGAAGUCCAAACAGCCACUGGAAGAUGUGUGAUCAUAAACACUUCAUUAAGGCAAAACAUGAAGAGUAAAAGCUCGCCUUAUCUGCAUCUUCCAGAUUUUGCAAGGGAUGUGGAUAUUUUAAAAAAAACACCUCCAUUGGUUGUUGAUUCAUCAAUGCUUUUUUUUGCACUUAGUGCCAACAAGGUGUAGGUUUGUUAUGCAUUAUGACAAUCCAAGAAACACACCCAAGUUAUUCAUCAAGUUUAUCAAGAAGCCGUUUUUUUAAAAGUCUACUUCCUGAAGGUUCUGGUAAUUUGGAGUCAUGUUUCAAACAACCACAGAAGUCUUUGUUAGGUUUUUCUUUCAGAUGCCUCUUUAAAUGUAAACUUUAAAAGUCAGUGCUUUGCAGCUGCCAUGUUUGUCAUACUUUUAGUUGCUGGUUAACUCAAUAUUUGGUCCCCCAGUUGGUAUCUGGAACAAUGGUUCCUAUGAGAAUCCUGGUGCUACUCUGUAUUUUUUUGUCCAUUAUCGCUACUGUUAGAUUAAUUUUGAGUAGUUGUCUCUGUGUCUGAAAGUAGGGCAGCUUACUGAUAAUUCCAUAAUGUGAUUUGGCUUGAAUAUAUACAAAACUUUUUUUUUUUCAAAAUUGCUGUUUAUAUUGUCAUUUAUGUUCUACACAAGAUUAAUUAUUUUUAAAUUGCAUUCUCAUCAUUCACAGUAUCAACAUUGACAUCAUACAGCAACUAGAUUUGAGACAAAAUGACUGGUUUUGAUCUGAUCUCUUAAACUUUUAAUACAUCUGUGUGCAGUAUCAGGAUAACCUAAAAGAUUGUACUUGGUGUUACAAAUCAGGGAAUUAGUGUGUAUUCUGAAACCCCUUUUCAUGCCAUUGACAAAGACAAAGCAAUUACCACGAUGUUUCCAUUGGUCACAUCAAACAUGAGCCUAUUAUCAUCAAACUUGGUGUCUUGUAUUUACUACUUCAAUUGUCCAUGGAGAAUUUAGCUCUAAGACUUCUCCCAUUAUUAGGAAGGUAAAAGAACAAAUCCAAAACCUCACUUCAUCCACCAAGACAAUAAUUUUGGAAAAAUCAUGCUCUUCUGUUGCUAGUUCAUCCAGAUUAUCAAACAUUUCUGCAAACAAAAAAACAACUAUUGAAUUGGAGCUUUUGGACUAGGUACUUGGCUGUCAGACAACUGAUGCUGGUAAAAGUCAAACGUUUAUAUAUUCUUCCAAAUGAGGAAUGUGUUCCAUCUGAGGAAGGAAACAAAAAUUCUAACCUGUUGGUAAAUAAUUGAGGAAAAAAGACACAUAAUAAGUCUACUUUUAAAAUAGGGCCUCAUGUAGUUGGUAUUUUUGAGAUGUUAUCAAAUCACUUCAUUUUGUUGCAAAUCCUUAAAUCCUUCAUGACAUGAAACAAAAUGUAAUUCUGUUGUUCUCACUAGUUAAUGACAUGAGAACAAGGGAACAGGCAGCAAUUGUGGAUUUUUUUUUUGGAGUAAUGGGUAUGGGGAAGAGUAUUUUUUCUUUUUACAGAGAUGGUGGUAAUGACCUGGCACUGUCUGCCCCUAAGGGAGGUGGGAGUGAAGACAGUGAACAAUUUUGAAAUAAAAUUGGUUGCACAGUUGAGGGAAAUAAAGGUGGAGGGCUCCAGGGAUAGAGACUGAUUGGAUUGGUCAGCAGAGAGCUGACGGACUCAUUAGGUCAACUAAUGUUCUUCCUUCUGUCCUGUAUUAACUCUUGUGGGAUCUUUAGUAUGACCCCUUGAACACUGUAGAUUGUUUUCCACUUCUGGAUUUCAAACUGAAUGAGGCUGAAUCAAGUUUGAGCAGGGUUUCUGUUAAUUUUGUAAUUUAACAAGAUUAGCAUGGGUUUAGUCGUCCUGCUUACAAUACACUCUCCUGCUAAAGUCAGGAUUGACGUUCAUAAAUGCAAGCUUCUGUUUUUGUGCAGAUGUAGGGUCAGUGUGGAGUUAACUUCAAGUCACCUGUAAUUGACAGAAGGAAAUGACAGAUUUGUGUCCCAAGUGAAUGACGUGUUGCUUCUGCGCGAGACAACUUCUAGAGAGAAGUGUUUGUUACCAGCAUUUGCUUGGCAUUGUAGAUUGAAGGCUGAUAAACCUUUUGCAAACAAUAUGCAAUAACUUUGUUUCUCUCCCCCUUUCUGGCAGACACUGCUACAUGAAUGCAUGCUAGGAACACCUAAAAGUUCACUCAUUCCAUAUCACACAUUAAAGAUUUCUGUUUAAGGAAAAGAAUAUUUUUCUUUUUUUUCCAAAGUCAAAGUGCUUGGACUGCGUUUGAACUUUUGUGACAGGUAGUCAAAAUAGGAAAUUUGCUUUGUAGUGAAUUGCACAAGAUAGUGCAGUUGCCCUUCAACAGUUAUGUACUAAUUUCUAAACUUUAAAAAAAAACAAGAACUGCGGGUGCUUGAAAUCAGAAACAAAAACAGAAGUUGCUGGAGAAACUCAGCAGGUCUGGCAGCAUCUGUGGGAAGAAAGCAGAGUUAACGGUUCAGGCUAAGCGAUCCUUCUUCAGGACAGCAAUUUCAGAGUUUUUUUUUUGUAACCAUUUAAAAUACUUUUUUCCUAAUAGUAAUAUUUGUUUUAAAAAGAAGUAUGUUUAUAAACCUGAACUUACAGUAGACACUUACACCUGGUUGCAACAAAGUUCUAAUUUUAAUACAUUUGCUGGUCCCAGAAAUUUCGCACACCCCCUCUCUUUCCUUGGGCAAAACAAUGUAAUAACCACUCAAACCAGAAUUGUCACUUACUUGAUUGAUGGCUUUCACCUGCUCUAGUCCUCUCCCCACCCUGAUUUAUUAAAGAUAGUAUGUUACUCAUUCAAAAUGCAAGGUAAUUGCUGGCCACAAUGCCAUGGUUUAACAGUUCGUUAAUGGGUGCAUCUUCUGUGGUGAUGGCUAUUUAUUUCCAACUUUUUAAAUUGUUUGCUCAUAGUAAAUAUGAACCGCUGAGAGAUUCUAGAAGAAAAUGACAUGAGAAUCUCAACUUGAAGUCUCACCCCCUUUUGUUCCAAAUAAAAUUUUGAUAUCCAUAUGUAAAUGUCAAUGAAGUAUAAUUGCAUUUUUAUAACUUUUUUUCCAUGGUCAUUCCAAACAAUUUUCCAAUUUUUUUUAGUCUGAGACACUUGUUUUGAUUCAAACAUUGAAUGUACCACUGUUUCCCUCCCCAACUUCAGUUCUGCCUUAUAUUUCCGUUUGAACUUUUUAAAUAAUCUUGAAUAUAACAGGACGUUUGUUAAUUUGUGUUUUAGUGCCUUCAGCAGCGUGAGUUACUGCAAACUUAUGCUGAUGACCAUUUCUAGAGUUAAUGUACAUAUUAUUUUAAAGUUGUGUGUGUACAAAUAUUUGUAGAAUGUAUGGUCUGGAAAUGCUGUAUGCAGAACUGAGCCUUUUUAAAGCAAUCCACUGCAGACUUUACCGGUUUUUUCCGAAUGUAGAUUAUCUAGUAGAGUCUUUGGGAAUCUGUAAGUACAGGUUUGUGCAGUGCCCGGAGUUUUGCAGGUCAUCAGUGGGUGGUAUUUUAAUACCGUAAAUGGAAGAACUCAUAUCUGUUAAUAAUGACCAGCUAACAUGUAACUUUGUGCAUCAGUUGGUAUUUGGAUUUUAAUACGAAAGUCUUUAGUGUAAUGUCACAAGCCACGGGGAAAGAUACAUGAAAUUUUAAUGUCCAAAUUUGUUUUGCUCUUUUUCAUGGUGGGAAAUUUUCUUUUAAGCAAAGCUAUUCACCUUCCAGCUGUACUGAAGUUGUAAAGAAGAGGAACUGCAAACAACCAAACUUACAACAUGUAUCUUUUCCACAUUCAUUGGACUAUAAAAUGUAACCUAGUUCAUGGAUUGAUUUAUCUAUUAUUGUCUCUAUUUGGAAAAGACAUUCUUCAGUCUGUGGUACUUAAUGUAUUUUCUUGAUUAUUGUUUUAAUUAAAUCCUUUUUUUCUUAAAUUUA